AGCCAGCGCUUGCUGCUCGUGUCUUGUUGGAGAAAAAAGAGCAAGCGCGAUGCGUCGCUGGGCCGUGUCCCCCUUCCUCCCUCCGGCGGCGUUUGCGGCCGCGACUCUCGGACUCGGCGUCGCGCCUCCUCAAGCCCGAACCCUGGCUUCCGCUGCCACCUCCCGUCCUCUCGCCCACUGCUCUCCGCCAUGCCCCCGCCCCCGCCGCCUGUGCUCCUCCGCCUCCUCGGCAGCGUCGGCUGCUACGACGGCACUGGCGGUAGAGGAGGCGCGGCGCGGGCGGAAGCAGCUGGGCAUGGACCCGCCGCUCUACGACUACCUCCUCUCCAACGUCCGCGAGCACCCCGUGCUUCGGGAUCUGCGGGAAGAGACGGCAACCAUGAGGGGGAGCCAGAUGCAGGUUUCUCCCGCACAGGCUCAGCUUCUGGCAAUGCUUGUGCAAAUUCUUGGGGCGGAGCGAUGUAUUGAAGUUGGCGUCUAUACUGGAUAUUCGUCACUAGCUGUCGCAUUAGCACUUCCUGAAUCAGGUCGUUUGGUUGCUUGUGAAAGGGAUGAAAGGUGUCUAGAAGUUGCCAAGAAAUACUAUCAGCUUGCUGGGGUUGCACACAAGGUGGAUGUCAAGCAUGCUUUAGCUGUAGAUUCCCUAAGGUCAUUGCUCGACUGUGGUGAAGCUUCCAGUUAUGACUUUGCGUUCGUUGAUGCAGACAAGAGAAUGUACGAGGAAUAUUUUGAACUUCUACUUAAGCUAGUAAGAGUUGGUGGUUUAAUUGUAAUGGACAAUGUCCUAUGGUAUGGAAGGGUUGCUGAUCCACUAGUGAAUGACCCAAAGACUAUCAGUAUAAGGGACUUCAAUAAGAAACUUCUGGAGGAUAAACGUGUUACUAUCAGCAUGGUGCCAAUUGGGGAUGGGAUGACAAUUUGUCGAAAGCUAGAAGAUGACUGACUUUGCAACAUACUGUGUACUCCAUAGAUGUUGUAAACUUCCCUUGUCAAGGUCAAGCUCUUGAAAGUCGCACUGCUUUUACGCAAUCAGGCAAAAGGAUGGCAGCUUUUUUUGGCAUAAAAAAAGGAUGACAGCUUUGGAUCUAGUUGGACUGUCUUCAAGAGUAUUCAUCACCAUUGAGACAUGGAUGAAAUACGAGUUUCCUCAGAUCAUCUAUCGCCGCAUCAGGAAUGAAAACACACAUCUUGCACGCCUGAGCCAAUGGAGUCGCUCAGCAGCUACUAACACAAUCACACCAUGGUCUUGAGCUGAUGGACUCAUAUCAUUUGUCACUAUGCAUUAUACAUUUUCUUUUGUUUCUUUUGGAGAAGGGGGCAAUUAACAGCAUGUCUGGUACAAGCCAGCCGAUGGCAUAUGCUGUCACAGGGCAUGUCUACAGUUUGUUUGCCGAUUGCGACAAGAUCUUCCAAAAGUGGGUGAAUCAAUUGGUCGCCCAUGUAUGUUGUACUAAAAAUUUCUGUGUUUUUUCUUCUUCAAGGAAAAUGAUGUUGGUUUUGGGAAUAUGUUAAUCACUAACCAGUCAGCUGGUAACCAAUGUUCGAUUGAGUAACUUAAGUUCCUCUAACUGAA